CUUUGAUCCCGAAAGCUACACUUCAUGCUUUUGUUGUAGGUAACGGGUAAAACAAAAAAACAUGCAACAUCAUUAACGUCACUUCUUUUAUCGCUUAUAAAGGCAUGCUUAUAGGCUUUUAAAUCUUAAAUCACAUAUUUGCAAUUUAUAAGCAUAAACAUCACGUUCGAAAGCUCGAGAUACAACCUAGCCAGCUCUCUCCGUCUGUAGCGGUAAAAGUUUAAUGGACGCCUGGGUGGACAUGUGGGUCAUCCUGCUUUCUCUGCUUUUCACCGUCCUCGCUGGAUUUCUCACAGCUCAUUUAUUCGCAAGAAAUAAAACAGUUCCUGGAAAGACAGAUUCAAACCCAGCAUCCUUCACAGAGCAAAGCUCCAAGGAAGCACUCUCAGGACUUGGGGAACCCCAGACUGAGUCUGAACAUACGCCACAGACUAUCGAAGAACUUCCGGACAAGCAGUGGGCAGCAAACCAACAAGAGGUAGCUGGCGAUUGGUGCGAGAAAGGCAAAUCAGAGCACGACUUUUCUUCUUCACACUGUCCCUCAGUAAACAGGAUGUAUGAUGCGGAUCAAGCACUAAAGUACAUGCCUGGCGUGUUGCGGACAAGCCAGCUUGAGAAGAUGAUGAGUAAAGAAGAGCUUGAGGAGGAGCAGAGAGUUCAGCGGGAGCAGCUCACCGCAAUCUUCAAGCUGCUUCAAGAAAACCAGGACACAUUUGGGGAGGUGACGGAGAAAGACAUGGAGGAACAGCUCAAGCUUUACUCUAUCUAAUAGAUAAAAAAUGUGGUUUGUCAUCAUGGAUCUGGAACGUUAACACUAAUACAUGCUGUUGCUAUGGUUUAGAAGUAGGGAACACAACAACUCCCAAAUUUUGGAAAGGUAUGAUAAACAAUUGGGUCUGUCAUGAUGUGAGGAAAAUCCUGAGUCAUUAAUAAAGCUUAAUGUGGUUUUGAUUUGAACUGAACAUAAGUCACAAACUUGUGUCUCUAAAUGUAGUAAUGAUCUAUUCAUAUUUCUGUGUUUGAAUAGGGUGGCCCAAUAGUCUGGGUCCUAUGUUAUCUUCCUUAUCUUAUCUUAUUGAUUUCAGACCAAAGAUUGCUAAAAAACUUAUAUUAGAUGAUGGAACAGAACCAGACCCAGUACCAGUCGUCUUUUUUUUUUUUAGGCUCCUCUGAAUCGGAAAAUCCCAAAACAAUCAAAAUCUCUCUUUUUUUUUUUUUUUUGGUUUUUUUCAAUUUUCUCCCCUAAUUUAGUCGUAGCCAUUUCCUCCCCGUCACUAGGGGGCUCCCACAUUAAGGCUACUACUACCACUCAGCCGGGAGGGCCGAAGACUAUGGCGUGUUUCCUCCGAACCGCGUGACGCCAGCCGACCACAUCUUUUUCGAACUACUUGCUCACGCACCAUUAGGGGCGGAGUAACACACUCGGAGAAAAGCGCUAGUCGCUCCUUCCGCGUGCGCAAGCUCACAGACGGCCCUGAUUGGCUGUAGAGCCGUAAUUAAUGUGGGAGCGCGAGUACCUCUCAUCCCUCCCCCCUAAGAGAGCUCGGCCAAUCAGCUCUCUCUAGACCUCCGCCUGAAAGAGGAAAACGGCAUUACCCUGAGUUCGAACCAGCGCUCCCCGGAUGAUAGGGCGAGCACUUUACCACUGCGCCACUUGGAGGCCCUCAAUCAGAAUUACUUUUGAUAAUUUAAUAAAUGUCCAACUUUCUUGUAUUAAGCCAUGGUGGCACCAAGUCAGAGACUGUAAGUUUGAUCAUUUGCCCUACUUGAUAUUGAAUUUUUUAUUUUGACCCCAAGGGUCAAGACUGUAUAUACCCACGACCUCCCUGAGUAUGUGGGUAUAUACAGUAGUCUACAGUAUAUUAAAUAUGACAUCAGCAUGAGAGUUGUGUGACAGGAGCUUCAUAAACUUGUUUUGGCCAAGCAGCUACCACACAAUUCCAAUCGUGAGCCGGAGCCUUUAGUGUACUCUGGGACACUGGACACAUGUUCUCUAGAGUAAGGAAUCACACAUCACUGAUGGACACAUCUUGGAUUGGAGUAUGUCAGGAAUAGUAACUGUCUGGGGGUAUUUUUUAUGCUCUAUUCUUCUUAUCUACAGUUUGUAGAUCUUGUGCAAAUGUAUAAAAAAUAAAUAAAUAAAUUGCCUAUCUUGUCAUGCAAAAUAAAUAUUAGACGAUGCUAACUGUUAACACGUCAAACUUGUUUCCUGUAGUAAUCUUAUGUCUGGAAGUUGUAUUUGUCUAACAACAGCAAGGUUUUAAAGGUUUACAAUUCAUCCAUUCACAAAUCAGACAUUUUAUUUAUUUAAAGGUACAUAUGAUAUUGUGGAUUAAGCAAGUUUCUGUUGUAAUUUAUAUACCAACUGCUGUAACCAGUCUUUUCCUCACUAGCUUUGUGUCUUGUCAUCUGUUCUUGAUGUUUUCGUAUUAGGAUAAGAGAACAUGGAAUAUCUGCCAAACAAAUCCCUACAGUAUGUAUGUUGUUAUUGUAUUAGACCUGGGGUAGUAAUACCAUAUAUACAUGUGAUUUAUCUUGUAAUCUAAACUGCGUUCCUUGUUUCUUGUUUUAUUGUGGUUGGCAUCCAAUGAGUUGCAUUACCGGCAAACUUACUCACUCACUCACUCAUCAUCGAUACUGCUUUAUAUUGUAUUAAGAGUCGGGGAGGCCUGGAGCCUAUCCUAGGAGACAUAGGGCACAAGGUGGUGUAUACCCUGGAUAGGUGUACCCCAUUCAUCGCAGAGCGCACACAGACCAAGGAAUUUGGGAACGUCUAAUCUGCAGGUUUUUGGACUGUGGGAGGAAACCCACCAAACACAGGGAUAACAUGCAAACUCCAUGCACACAGAGAAGGGAAUCGAACCCGGACCCUCGAGGUGCAAGGCUACAGUGCUAACAAAUAGCAAUCGCUUUCAUAGAAAU